CUAGGUGGUGGGACUGGCUUUGUGGGCACGGCCCUGACCCAGCUGCUGCGGAGCCGUGGCCAUGAAGUGACCCACGUCUCUCGACAAGCGGGCAAGGAUCGGAUCAGCUGGGAACAGCUAUCCCAGUCUGGACUGCCCCAGUGCGACGCUGUGGUCAACUUGGCUGGUGAAAAUGUCCUCAACCCUUUCCGCAGAUGGGGCGAUGCCUUCUGCAGGGAGAUCAUCAGAAGCCGGGUUGAGACCACCAAGACCUUGGCCAAAGCCAUUGCUGAUGCUGAGCAGCCACCCCAUGCUUGGGUUGUCGUCACCGGCGUAGGCUAUUACCGCCCUAGCCCCACAGCAGAGUAUACUGAGGACAGUCCGGGGGGGGAUUUUGACUUCUUUUCACGCCUGGUGAGCUCCUGGGAGGCUGCAGCUCUCAUCCCUGGGAGCCCAGCUCGUGGUGUUGUGGUGAGAUCUG